AUUCAGAGACCACAGUUGAGAGAGGAGUCUCGAUCUCGGCGCAGCACUGCCAGCCCCGUCAGUCCCUCGGCCGAAUUUCGGCGGAAAUGCCCACAGGCGAAUAGGCAGGCGAGUCGCACGAGGAAAUUCGCACAUCUUCUAGUCCGUUGAGUCGGCCGAACCAGAGAAGAAUUCAGCAUGUCUUGCAGCGCUCAGGUGGUGCUGCUGGUGUGGUGCUCGGUGGUCGCCUCCCUCGCCACCUCUCCGCCCGCCGCAGCAGUGCCGCGGCUGGAUUUGCUGAGCCUCGAGAGCGGAUACCACGGAAUCGUCAAGGAAAAUGAGACCCUGGUGGAGGUGACCCCCAGGAUCAGGGGCGUCGGAGCCCCCAUCUGCAAUUUCCGCAUCGUCAACAAGCACCACGGCGAAGCGCCCUUCGAGAUCAUCUUGAAAGAUCAGGAGAAGGGUGAAGCCGAACUCAGGGCAAAGAAGACCCUGAACUGCGAGAAGAGAAAAAACUACAGAUUCGACAUCGCAGCUGUCAGUUGCAGUGGCGAGCAGAGUGAAAACGCCACUGUCCACAUUUCUGUGGCUGACAUCAACGAGUACGCUCCUGCUUUCCUCGAACCGAGCUAUGUGCGUCAGGUUGACGAGGGCAGGUUGUAUGAGGAGGUGGUCCGAGUGGAGGCCUCUGACCGCGACUGCACGCCUAAAUUUGGCGACGUCUGCAAGUACGAGAUCCUCACCAGUGACCAGCCCUUUGUCAUUGACAACGAGGGCGUCAUUCGCAAUACCGAGGCUCUUGACUACGAGCGCAGCCACAACCACAUCCUGACGGUGGUUGCCUAUGACUGUGGCAUGAAGCAGAGUGUUCCGGUCAUGGUCACUAUCAAGGUCAACCGCGUCUGCAAACUUGGAUGGAAAGGAAUUCCCGAAAGGAUUGAUUACGCUCCUGGCACCGGAAGGGAAGAACUCUUCCCUGAUGCUGAUCUUGACCUGUGCGACGUCCCCUGCAAUGUGAGAACUGUUGAGGCUCGUAUCAAGCUGCAGACCAGCCACAUCGGCAAAGGAUGCGACCGUGACACCUACUCUGUUCAGAGCCAGAGGAAACUUUGUGGUGCAAGUGCUGAGAGUGUUGACCUAUUGCCCAAUCCUGGACUCAGCACUGAGUGGACCAAGAAUCUGCCCAGCGACGAUGGUCACGAGUCUGACCAGAUCUUUGAGUUUGACGGUAACACCGCAGCUGUGGUGCCCAACACCGUCCUCGACGAGGCGCUGAGCCACACAUUCACAGUCGCUACUUGGAUGAAGCACAAGCAGAGCCCUGACAGCGACCACCACACUAAGGAACACAUCAUUUGUUCUGCUGACGACCACAAAAUGAACAGGCACCAUUACGCUUUGUUUGUGCGCAACUGCAGACUCAUUCUGCUGCUGAGAAGAGAUUUCAGCGAGGGUGAUCUCAACAUUUUCCGUCCGGCUGAAUGGAGAUGGAAGUUGCCACAGGUUUGUGACAACGAGUGGCAUCAUUACGCUGUGUCCGUCCAAUUCCCAGACGUUCAACUUUUUGUUGACGGCCAGGAAUUCAAGUCAGAAAAGAAGAAUCCUGAAAUUAUUGACGACUGGCCUCUGCACCCAACCAAGGGCAUCAACACCUCCCUGGCUGUGGGCGCCUGCUGGCAGGGCUCGGAAGGCAAAAUGAAGCAUUACUUCAAGGGUUAUCUUGCUGGUUUGGCUGUGCUGCUGCACAAGAAUGAGCGUCCUGAGGUGCUGGCCUGUCUGCACAAGUGCAAGGAGAGCCUCGAAGUACCCCCCAUGGAGCUUCUGGAGCCUGGAAUGGAGCUGUUGACCAACAGCGAGCUCACAGAAAUCACCAUGGAAGGCGACAACAAGACCAACUUGGAGGUCCUGCUGCGCAAGGUGGGAUACCUGAACUCGAGGGAGUUCCCAACGCCUGGCCGCAGGAAUGUGCACAUCUCGACAAUCAUCACCUGCGAAAGGGGAAGGCCUGUCAAGGUGCCGGCCGUCGAGAGCUACAUCCAAGUUCUGCAGCCACAGCAGCCCACGAUUGAGGUCAACGGCACUGGCAACAUUGCUCGUGAGUACGAGGACUUCAGGUUGGGCGUGCGUGUCUUCACUGACGUCCACAUCACUGUAACUGGAGACAAGGAUAACAACAAGGAGUGGAAGAAGGGAGAGCCCAUGACUGUGAUCGAGAAGAAGCUCGACUCGUGCACCGUCUCUGUCUACCCUCCCUUGAAUCCCGACCAUGAGACUCUUACCCUGCCAGACAACAUGAUGGCCCAGUUUGGCAUUGUUGCCAAGGUCAGCAGGGAUGGUGUUGUUGUUUCUGGAGCUGAUAUGAUUUACAACUACGAACAGGUACUGAGACAAAUUCAGUACACCAAUAAGAAGCCGGCUUAUUACUUGAAUAGAGUAUUUAAACUCAUCUGCUCUGAGUUGAACGGCCGCUUCACAAGCAAUGAAUACGUGCAGACCCUGACUGUGAUCCAUCCUCGAUCCCCCAUCAAGCUUGACGCCACCUCGGAACCGCUCCCUGACGUUUCAAGCUCUCCCGUGGCUAAGCAGGUGGACAGUGUGAUUGUCGAGCCAUCUGUUAUUCCUGCCCAUGUCAAACUGGACAGGCACCAUGCUGAAAUCAAACCUGCCCAAACCCUGAACGACAUUUACUUGGGAGACACACAGAGCGUUGUUGCCACCGGAAGCCAUGCCGUUACAAUCAUCAUUGUAGUUUGCGUCGGCUUCUUGGUGUUCAUGAUUGUGCUGGGAGUAAUCAGGAUCAGGGCUGCCCACCACCGCAGCCAGCAGGAGGAGUUGGCUGACACUGAGAUGGCGUGGGACGACUCGGCCCUCACCAUCACCGUCAACCCCAUGGAGUUGGCCGAGACGCACCGGCCCAAGUCUGGUGGCAAUCAGGCUGGACCGCAAAUAGCCCAGAGCGGCCACGUGCCCAAUGACUCAUCUGACGAGGAUGAAGACGAUGAUUCGAGUUAUCGGGACGAGCUUGACUCGAGCGAUGAUGACGACGUCGACGACGAGGCAAGCAACAAGAAAAGCAAGGACCUCGAGUGGGACAAUUCAACUCUCUCCAUCUAGAGGUCGUCGCAGGUGGAUCAGGAACUUGAAGGAGUCGCCAGUUUGCCAGCCACUCGCGCAAGUUCCUUACUUAUUAAGUAUAAGCAGUCUUAUAUUUGAUUAGACGCUGCUGCUUGUCUUACUUAGUUGAUCCACGCGAGGGUCCAACACUCUGUUAGUGCCAUAGCAUAGUCAGUCUGUCCCUGAUUUUCGCCAUGCCAGUGCCAUUCUCGGCCCAUUUUUUGGUUUUCGCGCUCGAUUGUGAUGGCUUUGAACUUAAACACUGAUUAGUUGUAAUGAUUGGGUUCUGAAUUAAUAAUUAUGCAUAUCAGCUCGGCAGCCGUUUUUUAAAAGUGUUAAAAAAACUAUCUCUCUCUAUCUAUAUAUGACGUCUCAUUGGCGCCUUAAAAAGGCAAAUGAGGAUUUAUUAUUAUUUUUUUGAGAAAUUUCCUAUUUUUCCGUUAACUCGCGCAAGGCUGCUGCUUUAGUAUUAAUUAGCAUUUGGUCCUUGUUACUCCUCGAGCACAACUUUGCACAUGAAUCAAACACGACAGAAGUAAAAUUUGAAGCUUCAAUUGGCCCCCGGUUAUUUUUAUAACAAAUAAAAAGACACUCGUAUGUAUAUGUACACACGCCACACACACACAUAAUGACACUCUAAAAUCACUUGUACACUCUAAAAAGUGGAGAAGGAGCUUAUUCGGUUGUUGAGACGGGCAGCACUUGUAACUAAAACCGUCCAUUUUUUGCUUGACUAGCGCUGUCUUGUUUUGUCUGCUGAGUUUCCUCACUCUUUGACGAUUAACAUACUUAACGAAAAGUAGCAAAAAUAAUAACGAGGCAAGAUAACUAAUUAAUUUAACUUUCUGUAGGUUUUAAGGUAGGAGUUAAAUGAUUAUAUUUUGAGUAAAGAUGCAAAUCAACAAGAGGAAGGCGCAUUUAUUGAAGCUUUGAACUUUACACUGGCAGGAGGAAUUACUUUUCUCUAUCCAAACUAAUUUGAAUCUGCUUAAUAAAAAGAUAUUUCGCUCGAGGCCCCCCGAGAAUUUUCCUCAUUUCGCUCUUUGAUAUUCGGAACUCCUCUCGAGGCUCUUGAAAUGAAUAAAAAAAAAAUCAGAAGUCGGUUGCCAUUUUUGACUGAAGCUCGCUAAGACCAAUUUUCUUCCAGGGUCCUCGGUCGUGAGUGGCGCCAGUAAUUGCAUUUCCUAAUUAAUUACCUAAUACUUUUAAUUUUGAAAAGUCUUACCCUCCUGAGGGGAGCCGGAAAUCGGCGAAAUUUGCCAACGCUCUGGGGGGUCUCUUAAAAAAAACGGCAUUACACAAAGUAAAAAAGGCGCUCGUCUGUUUAAUAAUCUAAUUUAGGGUGUGGGAUAAUAACUUUAAUAAGAGAAUAACUACUUAGUGGUGAGAUGAAUUUAUAUAAACACACACGACACGACACACCUAAUUGAAUUAUUACUUAACGGCAUAUUAUAAUAAUACUAUAUUUGAACACACACGCGCGCGUUUAUGAUUCUACACACUAAUAAUAAUAUUUAUAGACUGCUGUUUUUAUUUGAGUAUUUUGAAAAGAUUAGGUAGGCUAACCUAGCGGGCUUGCCAAGGAGAAUAGCACUCGAAUUAAAUUACUAAUCAAUCACCCUUUCUCUUCUCACUUGCAAGCAGAAUUAAAAAGCCUCCCCAGAAGUUUUUAUGGACAUUCCAGCAGGAGAGGGGCGGCUCGAGCACAAAUCCGCUUCUCUUUCAUUCGUUUUCUUUCUAUCUUGGCCACCCCUCUCGGCUAAAUUAAAAAUCGAUCGGUGUUUCUAGGUGACGAGCGGUGGGCGCCCUUAACGCACGCACUCGUCGGUUAAUUGACAGUUUAUAUAAUUAAUUCAUUACACACUGUGUCCGUUGAUGUUUCGAUUGUCCACUCGGUGUACUUAAUAAGGAAAAAUUAUAUUAAACUGCGUAUUAUAUACACACACAAAAACACACACACUCUUACGAAAAAUGAAAAGUAUUAGUCGAAAGAAUAAUUAUUUUUUAAAGUGACUCAGGAAGUUGACAAAAAAAAUGUAUUGAAUAAAAAUUUGACACGGAAAAUAAUAAGUAUUCCCGGUUGAAAAAAAGACACACCCAGUUGCUUAAGUAUGUUGUAAAAUAAAAAUAUAAGGUUAUAAAUGAAAAAUACUUAAAAAGAUACACGUGUAUUAGAUGAGAAACUGCCUGUUUGUUUGUAUAUUUAUGGACGGGUGUAGGCGAAACUAUGCUAAAAAAUUUGUCCCCAAGUGUCGCGCGAUGAAAAAGCAAACACACCAACACACGCAUUUUUCACAGCGGGAAGAAGAAGUUUUUGAAUCAAUAAAUAGAUGAUAAUAAUCCAACCUGUAUCUCUAUAUCUGUGCAAUAUCGAGUGUGAUUUUUUAACCGUUUGGUUCGUUUUCCGUCGCUGGUGGGUUUCGUUUGUAUUUUUUUACAUUAAUGAUGGUCUAUUUUUUCCUCAGCUCUGACGCAUUAUAUAUUAUACACAUAAAUCUACGAUAUGAAUUUUAAUUAAACUUGUAUAACGAAAAUGAAAAGUAUUAAUUGAAUUGCUGUAACAAAACACACACCUCUAUCCUAACUGACAACAAUGUAAAAUCCAUUAUCUACAAAUAAAAGCCUUACACCCAGUAUAAGGUACAAGAACCGACUUUUACUCUCCUGCCUCGAAAAUCAAUCCUCAACUUUUUUUGGCAAUCGGCCAUUCUCAAAUAACAUGAAAAGGGCACACGCCUGAUCAUUAGGGCUGAAAGGUUAGCGCUUUUGAAAUGGGUUCGCUGCCAAAAAAUGAAGAAAUUUGUUCCAACUCGCAAUAAUUGUUUAAUUAUUAUCACUGGCCCGAGAUGCAGGAAGUGGGCGCGAUAAUUUUUAGCACAAAAGGCACCCAGCUGGACGCAACGAGUCAAUUUGAAAGAGAUCGUUCCGCCGCAAACUCGGCUCGUGUGUGUGCCUAUGAUGAUGAGAUUGUGUGUGCAUAAUAUUUUUAUCAUUAGCCAGCAGCAGUGGUGGCCGCUCUGGUCGCCUCCACUGCCGCGGGAGGAGGGAAAAAGGCGUGUGGAGUUCUGCAACAGGUGCAGCAAAGUAAAUCUCGGCAUUUGGUGAGAACCGCGCUUGGGGACCAAACCACCUCUAGACAUGGAGCUAAUUGCUUUCGCCGCUCUUGCCCUCUUGGCUCCAGCCCUGGCCGUCCCCAUCAACCCCCAAAUGACUUUCCGGUUUGUUUCGCCAACACACACAUAUUCGCAGGGAAUUGACCUGAUGUCAGCUGCUACGGAGUAUGUGACCGACGAUUCCCAGUUGCAAGAGUUGCACUCCCUUCAGCCCGAAACAGAACCUGCCGACGUUUUGUCCGGGCCCGAAUUGGAAGCGUUUGCCGCGUCCUUCGUCAGCAACGAGCCGCGCUUUUUCCACCAAUUCCCCCACGAGCGCGCCCUGCUCGCCAACAUUCAGCUGCGACUGAGCCAAAACCUGCCCACCCUCAGGACUGGUUCCAUUCGACCUGGAUCGCCCUUUCUCAGAGCUUGAAAUUAAGGAAUUGUGCCAAAUUUGAUAUGAUUUUAGUUUAAGGUGGUUGGUGGUUGUAAUUUAUUUAUGGUAGACUCUGUAGAUAGGAAAUAAAAUUAAAAUUGUUAAUACAAGA